AUGGCAGAUAUUCACCAUACACUCAAUCCAGAGUAUACCCAAGAUGGUGAAAGAAGAAUUCGAACGAAAGUCGCCUGCGACUAUUGCCGAAAACGGAAAUCCAAAUGUGAUGGCGAGGAACCAUGUUCAAAAUGUAUAAGUCGCAAACGUGAAUGUGUGUAUUCGUUUGUACCGAAAGAAAGGAAAAAACGCGUAAGCUCAGUAAGCAGCGAAAUUAGAAAACCGUAUAAAAAGGAAGGUAAAGUCUCGAGGCAGGGUAAAACCGUUCAAGAAUUGAAUACGAGAAUAAAUGUAUUGGAAAAUCUUGUCACCAAACUAGUGUCGAAUUUGGAUCCUCAAGACAAGAUGGGAAUUCUCACUCAGAUGUCCAGAAAUCGGGAACUGACUGCAGAACAAGAUUCGGGUGUUAAUAUGAGCGACGAGCGUUCCGAGGAUGAAGAUAUGGGAGAUGUAAGUACAGAGGGUUCCCCCUUCAAAGAGCAAAGUCUUACCACUGAUCCAAAAUCCAUGAAGGAGAUGCUUAGACCUCAAUCAUGUAUACAAGAUAAAGAAUGCAUGGCGAAGAAAGCAAUGAAACGCAUUGCUGAGUACUGUGGUGCUCACUCGCUAAUGCAUACACUUUCUGCGCGUUCUAUUGGGUGGAUGAAAGAGCGUCUUCAGGGAUCGCAGGCAGGCUUGGUAAACCAACAAUUAUAUGCUCCCUUGAAAAGUGUUCCUUUGGUCUUGACUAAUGCAGUUGAUCGAUCUACAAAUUUGUUGAAUAGACAAAGGCUGCUGCAGCAUCUUGAACAGUAUUUUUCACCAACACAGAAGGCCCUAUAUCUGGAGCUAUUAGAUGCUUAUUACCGUAAAUUUUGCAUAGGUGCAUUUGUGUGUCCACUAGCGGGAAUUCAAAGUCUUUUUGACAAGUAUUACUAUGCAAUUUCGACCAACAACCAUUCAAUGUUAACGAGUAUCACACGCAGUGAGUAUUUACUAAUGAAUUCAGCUUUGGUCUUGUCGUUAUCCAAAUUCACGUCACCCAAACGAAUCAUUGGUUCGCAUCAUCCGAAUUUGUCAACACUAACAAUACCUGACGCCGAACAGCUUCGUACAAAAUUCUUUGACAAUGCUAUGCAUGACUAUGAUUAUGUCUCGAAGAAUAAUGAAGGGUAUAUAUCACUUCAGGGCCUUGCAUUGUUGAGUUUGAUUAUUGAGGAAUCGUUCAUAUCGGAUUUCCAUGUCAAUUACACAAUUGUGAGUACUUUGGGGAGAUAUGCCAAAGAACUAGGACUUCAUCGAGUUGAAGUGUUGCAAGAAAAAGACCGUGACUCAGGUUUAGCUUGCCGGAAGAUGUGGUUAUUCUGUGAAUAUAUGAGUGUUGAGAUCAGUUACAAAAGUGGGAAACCAAUGUUGAUAAAUAAUGAAGAUGUGACUACUUUGAGUGAGGUUGACCCUUGUAUUAUAUCUGUGCCGAGGGAUUUGUUUCUAAACCCUGAUUACGAAAGAAACGCACCGAAAUUAAUUGAGAAUUUGAAAAGAGAAGGUGCAGUGUUUUAUUUUGCUCAUUUCUUGCUCAUGUUGACCCGAAUCAAAGAAAAAAGUUACUACAAAUUGUACUCAAAACUCCCUUCGAGUAUCAAUACACAAGGGACCCUUACUGUCAUUAACGAAAUCAACGACGAUAUGAAGACAUUGGCACAAUUGAUAGAUCCAGAAAUUGUACAACCUCAUAAAGACCACCCUUUUGUGUUGUCUAUGUUUGAUUGUGAUGAAGGAAUACUCAAGUUCCAUGUUCUUCUGUUCCACUUGUCUUUCCAUGCCCAUAUUCUUUCAGUGAAUAGAGUUCCAUUUCUUGAACAGUUCAACAUUGAGGACGAUAGGCUUUUACCUUAUGGUAAUAAGUCCCUCCAGGCUGCGAGGUCUAUAUUACAAUCAGUCUCGAAUCCGAAUUCCUUAUGGAAAGUUGAUGAUGCUAGUUUCCCAUUUAUACUAUUUUAUCCAUUUGUCGCAUUUUUGAGUGUGUUGGGAAAUUGUUUAGUAUAUCCAACGGAGACUUCGUCGUAUUAUGACUGCUUGUUAUUGAUUGACGCUUCCUUAAACUUCUUCGCUUAUAAAGGUACUCAGUCAACAAAUCUCGAUAAUAAGAGAAUGUUUUGUGAUAUGGUGAGUCUGUCAUUUUUAAGAAUAUUGAUUGACACUAUGGAGAAAAAGGCCAAUGUGUACUUUUACAGAAUGAGACCUGGUUUACGAGAACACAUCGAGUCAUUGUACUCAAAGUAUCCAGAAAUCUUUCAGCCGGUAUCAAAUUCAGAGUUGGGAUCGAGUAGUCCUGAUACAUUACACAAUCAAACUGCAUCCGCUACAUCAUCUUCUUCUUCUGGGUCAUACAAUAAUGCCGCCAAACCAUUAUUUUCCAAUUACACUGGUGGAUAUCAACCGACUAACAAAACGGGUGGAAAUCAGUAUAAUUUUGAAUCUGGAGUUCCCCCUGCGACAGAAAUGGUUGAUUUAGAUAACUUGAUGAAUGAAGAAAAUUUCAAUCAAUUUGUUUUUGGUGAAAUUAGUGAAUUGUCGGGGUUUUUCAACUACGAUUUGAAUAAUUGA